AUGCCAACCACCAAAAUCAUCCUCCUCGGCCUGGGCGAACUAGGCUCUGCCUUUCUCCCCCAUCUCAUCCCCCUCCCAUCUACACACCUCACAGUCGGCACCCCCAAUCCCUCAAAGCAUGCUUCCCUCCUGGCUUCUUACCCUACCGUCUCUUACCUUGCCAUCGACCUCACUACACCCUCUGAUUCACUCGCCAAAGCCUUUGCAGCUUUCGACAUUCUCAUCACCGCUACCGGCUUCUCCUCUAACAUCGAUAGCGUCACAAAACUGACGAACGAGGUCCUCCAAGCAGGCAAGAUACGCCAAGCACAGGGAAAGAGCAAGAUAUGGUUCUUCCCCUGGCAGUGGGGCGUCGAUUACGACGUCACAGGCGACGUAGAGGGAAAGAUGCCGUUAUUUGGAAAACAAAAGGCUGUCCGAGAUUUACUCCGGGAAAGAGCAGAGGAGAGUGGAGUGUGCUGGACUAUCGUGUCGACAGGCAUUUUCAUGAGCUUCCUGUUCGAAGGCUCUUGGGGCAUUAUUGAUAGGAGCCGAGAGGACCGCGGGAAGAUCGUGGUGAGGUGUUUGAAGAAUUGGGAGCACAAGGUCACAGUGACGGAUGUGGAUGAUAUUGGGCGCGUGCUGGCGAAGAUUGUCGCAAAACAUGUCGAGGCGGAGAAUUGCAUCCUGUAUAUCGCUGGAGAUACAGUGAGCUACCAGGAGCUGGCGGAUGUUAUUGGACACGUGAGUGGCAAAGAGAUUGGCAGGGAAAAGUGGUCGAUCCCAUACUUGGAGGCUGAGCUCAAAGCUGACCCGGAUCAUCAAAUCAAAAAGUAUCGGCUGGUGUUUGCGAGGGACAGCGUGUAUUGGGACAAGGAAAAGACUGCAAACCAUGAGUUGGUGAUGAGCAUGGUUGAUGUUGAAACGUAUGCGCGCAAGUUGUUUGGAAACAAAGGCAGUAGUCAGUGA